AAGGACAGCGGGGUCCGCCCGGGUGCCGGUUCACGCCAUGUCGUCCUACAGAGCAGCAUUGAGGUUCUGCCCGGAUUGCAACAACUCCAACUGGAUGAUGGGCAAGAACGAGAAGAUGGAGCUGGUCUUUACCUGCAAGGUCUGCUCCAAGGUGGAGGUUGCGGAAAUGGAGGAUGACGAGAGCGGCGGCAAGAAGAGGAAUGACGACCUCUGCGUGUUCCGCCACGACGUGCUGUAUGUUGCCAAGGAGUCUAUCAUCGUGAUGCCGGACAUCAUCCACGACCCCACCCUGCCAAGAGUCUACGACUACUGCUGCCACGCCUGCGGCCACAACGAAGCGGUUUACUACAGACUCUCAGAGACCAUUGUCAGCGACGCCAUGGCCAUCAUCUACGUCUGCUGCCGGUGCUCCAAUUGGCGCACGGAGGGCAAGGAGGUGCAAUACUCGGUGCCGCAAGAGAUGGCGAAGGACGACAGGGAAGAUGGCUCGCCCACUGAAAGGCGCCAGAUGGACUUGGAUGAGGAUGACUAGAGAUCGCAUGCGUGGAAAAAGUGGGUGCGGGU